AUGGCACCAACAUGGAACUCUCCCCAAGGGCCUUUUCCGAAUCCUGAAAAAGCCUACCAGAGGAUGCAAGGCCCGCCGCCCUUUUACGUACCACGCCCCGAGCCCGACCACUCAGUCAUGGUCCCCAGGUUCCCCAGAGGAAGCUCGGACACCCCACUGCGAAUGGUAUGUCCAUUCUGUAGGAACGCCAUCGUCACAGUCACCAGGCGGGUCCCAGGACUCCUCGUCUGGCUAAUGUGCUCCGGCCUCACCCUGUUUGGGUGUGUGCUGGGCUGUUGCCUCAUCCCGUUCUGCAUGGAGGGCCUGAUGGACGUGCAGCACUCCUGCCCCGUGUGCCACCGCGAUCUCUUCCGCUACCGGCACCUGUGA